CGAUGUCAUAAGAGACGUCAAAUUUUAAUUAUUUGAAGUAAUUUGUUUCAAGUUUUGUAAAAUACAUUCGUUUUUUGUUUAUCAAUAAAAGUGUUUUUUUCUAUUCAAAUGGAAAACGAAUUGGAAACGAGCGAUGAUGAAAUCAUCGAUGAGAUUCCCGUAUAUUUUUCAAAACAACUUGCCGAUAACCUAUAUGUUCUGCAAUAUCCAACCCGAAAAUCCAAUGAAAAUAAAAAUGAUGCUGUGAUUAUGAAUAGUUUUGUGAAGCCAAUAAAUCAAGAGAUAAAACUUGAAUUAAAACUAGAUACAGCGUCACGGCAUUAUGAUGCAUUCAAAGGUGAACAAUUGGCAAUAGCGGCCGAUGGAAAGGAUCGUGGCGAACGAAUGUAUAAUAGUGGUACAAUGGAUUAUCAAACAUUUGUGAGUUCAAAAUCAAUAGACAAUCCAAAGAGAUACGUCGUUGGCUAUAUGGAUAAUUAUAAUAAAAAAGGAAAACAAAUGCACUUAUCACUUGUAAAUGGGAUUAUUCAAAUGCGACCGAGUUUUUCACAUUUUGAUAAAUCGGAAUCGAGACGAAUUGCUGAACAAAAAGCCGAACAAGAAAGCGAUGUUGAAGAAGAGGAACCAAAACAUGUUACCGUCAAAUUUGCACGCACCGAAACCGAUCGCAGUCGUAAAGCACGCGAAAAAUCAUUCAAUUAUUUAUUGAAGAAAAGCGAAGAUGAACCGUGGUGUGAAACGGUCUGGUGUUCACAAGACAGCCAUCAAGCAGCAAUGGAACGAGAAAAAUUAUUCUCAACUCAAGAUGAAUCAACGGGUCAUGCACUUAGUUUACCAGCAAAUGAUUAUGUAGAUAUUUUAAUACCAGCCGAACGUGAUUUUAGUAAUGCUGAUAUUUCGGGAGCAUCAACCGUAUGCAGCAUGAGCAAAUUGAGAACAUUUCCAUUAAUCGAUCAAGUUCGGUACAUUUUAAAAGAUGCUAAAGUAGUAUCAUACGAUAGACUGUCAGAAAUUAUCAAUCAAAAUAUAUACGAUGAUGCCAAAAUUCGUGGAGCAUUGACUUCGGUUGGUAUAAUGAUUCAUGGCAAUUGGGUCGUACAAUCGGACGUUAUUUAUCCACCGAAAACGGUGUCAUCAACAAAUGGAGUUUCAGCUGAGCUCAUGUGCCGUGCACGUGACUAUAUUAUUUAUCAAUUUCAUCGCAAUGAGUUUAUCGAUCGGACAAAAAUUAGCACCGUAACACAAGUGCCACCCGAAGAAGUUAAAGAAUUGCUACAAACGAUUGCAAAAUGGGAUGGUAAAAAUGGAUGGCAAUUAUUACAACCGCCAGUUGCUACAACGAAUACACGAUCCGAAUCAUGGUAUAAGGAAGUUGAGACACGCCAGGACAAUUUUUGGCGUGCAAAAGAUUCACUUUUUGCACAAAUGGAACAAGAGGCACGAUCACCGCGACGUAAACGAAAAAUUUCCGUUAAAUCAACAUCUUAAUUCAAUUUAUACCGUAACGUAUUUUCAUUUUUUUUUUGUUAAUACAAUAAGAAUAAAAAUGUAUUUUUAUUUAUUU